GUGUCCUGACACAGAGUCACAGUUCUCAUCCAUGCAAAUUGUAGAAAAGAAAACUCUCUCUCUUCAUUGUAUUAACAUAGCCAAGUUGGGCGGGUAAUUUUGUACACUAGCUAAUAUUAAACCAACAUGGAACCAAACCCCUCUUCCAUCGAAAUCCCCAUGGCCACGGAGCUCCACCGCGUGGCGCCGCCGCCCCCGCGCACCACCCUCGACAAGGUGAAGGGCCGCCUCAAGGAGACCUUCUUCUCCGACGACCCUCUCCGCCGAUUCAAGGGCCAGUCCUCCCGGAAUCAGCUCAUCCUCGGCGCCCAAUACGUCUUCCCCAUCCUCGAGUGGGCCCCCAAGUACAGCCUCGGCCUACUCAAAUCCGACGUCGUCUCCGGCCUCACCAUCGCCAGCCUCGCCAUCCCCCAGGGCAUCAGCUACGCCAAGCUCGCCAAUCUCCCCCCGAUCGUUGGACUCUAUUCAAGCUUUGUGCCGCCAUUGAUAUAUGCUGUACUCGGGAGCUCAAGGGAUCUUGCGGUGGGCCCGGUUUCGAUUGCUUCGUUGAUCAUGGGAGAUAUGUUGAGAAGAGAAGUCUCACCAUCUCAAGACCCCAUUUUGUUUCUUCAGCUUGCAUUCUCUUCCACCUUUUUUGCUGGACUCUUUCAAGCAUCUUUGGGAUUUUUAAGGCUUGGAUUUAUCAUCGAUUUUCUAUCGAAAGCAACUCUGAUUGGAUUUAUGGCGGGAGCUGCCAUUAUAGUCUCCCUUCAGCAGCUCAAGAGCCUUCUUGGAAUCAAGAAUUUCACCAAGAAAAUGGGCAUAGUUCCUGUCAUGAGCUCUGUGUUUCACAACAUACAUGAGUGGUCAUGGCAAACUAUAUUAAUGGGAUUUUGCUUCCUAGUUUUGCUGCUUAUGGCAAGACAUAUUAGCAUGAGGAAACCAAAACUAUUUUGGGUGUCAGCUGGAGCCCCUCUAGUCUCUGUAAUAAUUGCAACAUUGCUUGUUUUUGCAAUGAAAGCUCAAAAUCAUGGCAUCACUAUAAUUGGGAAGCUCCAGGAAGGGCUCAAUCCACCUUCGUGGAACAUGUUGCGUUUGCACGGUAGCUACUUGCCCCUCGUGGCAAAAACCGGCCUUGUCACAGGCAUCAUAUCACUCACAGAAGGAAUUGCAGUUGGGAGAACUUUUGCUGCAUUGAAGAAUUACCAAGUGGAUGGAAACAAGGAAAUGAUUGCUAUUGGAUUGAUGAACAUAGUUGGCUCCUCCACUUCUUGCUAUGUCACAACUGGUGCAUUUUCGAGAUCAGCAGUGAACCACAACGCGGGCUGCAAGAGCGCGGUGUCUAACAUAGUCAUGGCAGUGACAGUGAUGGUGACACUCCUCUUCCUCAUGCCACUCUUCCAGUACACUCCUAAUGUCAUCUUGGGGGCCAUCAUCGUCACGGCUGUCAUAGGCCUAAUAGACGUCCCGGCUGCCUGUGAGAUAUGGAGGAUCGACAAAUUCGACUUCCUAGUCAUGCUCUGUGCCUUCUUUGGUGUCCUCUUCAUCUCAGUUGAGCAAGGCCUUGCCAUAGCAGUUGGAUUGUCUAUCUUCAAGAUUCUGAUGCAGAUCACAAGGCCUAAAACAAUGAUGCUGGGGAACAUACCGGGCACGGAUAUAUACCGUGAUCUCCAGCAUUACAGAGAGGCUGUCAACGUCCCCGGCUUCUUGAUUCUCAGCAUUGAUGCUCCUAUAAAUUUUGCCAACACAACUUACCUUAAAGAAAGGGUCACAAGAUGGAUUCAAGACUAUGAAGCAGAAAAUGAUGACUCCAAAAACAAAUCCCAACUCAAAUAUGUGAUUCUUGAUUUGUCAGCUGUGAGUGCAUUAGACACAAAUGGGGUCUCAUUUUUCAAGGAUUUGAGGAUGGCAUUGGACAAGAAAAACUUGGAGCUUGUGUUGGUGAAUCCAUUAGGGGAGGUGAUGGAGAAACUCCAGAGAUCCGACGAGGCGAAAGAGUUGACAAGGCCUGAUGGUCUGUUCUUGACAGUUGGGGAAGCAGUAGGUUCCCUUCUUUUAUCAACCAAGAGCAAUUCAUCCAAUUGUGUAUGAUUUUAUCAUGAAUCUUGAGAGGCCAAUGCAUUAUAAAUCUCUUCCUUUCUCUGUUUUUCAAUGUAGCAUUUAUGUUGUCAUCUUCUCUUAUUGAAGGCAGAAUUCCACAGCCAAUUUGUCAA